AUGACUAUGAGAGGGGAGGAGGAUGGGUUUGCUGGGGCCCUCCUCGAUCCUGGGAUCGGCGCGGACUCAAGGAAGAAGCGUCGCACAGAGCUCGCAAGCUUUGUCGAGGAACCAAAAAGCGGAGAUGAUUCAGGCGAGUCAUCUAGGGCCAAGAAGAGGAAGGACAAGUUCCAAGAGAAGCGAGACAGAAAGAAGCUUGCGAAGGAGAAGAAGAAAGCAGAAACAGCAGCGUCAGCUGCAAGUGGGGCAACCAAGAAAUGUUCCGAGUGCAAAAAAACGCUCCCGCUGGCCCAGUUUUGGGAAGAUCAAUCGAAGUGCAAAACAUGUUCGAAAGAGAGGAAGGCUCUUCUUGACAUAGCCAGGCGCCAGGGCGAGCUGGAGUGGUACAAGAGCUUGGACGAGAAAGCCCACUCCGAUCUCAGCAAAGGAUACAAAAAGGCGAAGGCUCAGGCUGAGAAAGAUCGGUCGAAGGUGAAGUUCUCUGUCAAGCGCUACAAAGAAAGUGUCGUAGCCAGUGCCGGAUCGCGCGGAGAGAGUCGCAAGCGUCUUAUGAACAUGGUUCAAUACGUGGCCUGGGCCACGUCAGACGAAGGAGAAAGCCUGACAGAAAAGCAGGCAGGUUUGAAGUGGGAUAGCAUGAUGCUUGACCCGGCUUUCAAGAAGGAGGGCCCAAGAGGCCCCAAGCAGAAGAUCUAUGUUCCGCUUUUCAAAGACAUUGUGGACUACGAAGAUGUCAGCCUGGUGCUCAUUUUGCUUGAGCAACUUGAAGAAAGAGCUCGCAACCUCGUCUUCAGUGGCCAUGAUCAAGGCUUCGGCAGCGACAUCAGUGCUACGGCUGCCAAUCUUGUGUCUGGCGGUGAUGAGGAUGGCAAUGAAGGGCUUCGAGCUUCGGUAGCUGUUUCAAGUCUUCAGGGUCUUGCGAAUCCCCGGCGCUUGUCAACAGGCAGUGGCAGCAGGGCAACUGUUGACAGCAGCAGUGGUGACGAUGAUGCAGAUGCUGAGCCUUCUGAUGGCAAAGGUGGCCGGGGAGCGGCUAAAUGGUUCGAUGUGGCUUCAGAAACGCAAAAAUUCAAACGCCGUGUCGAGACUUUGUGUACAAGGAUGAAGACGCGCAUGAACCAGCUGAGCCAGCAAAUGCAGGAUCAGCUCGAUGUUUCCCGCAACAUGGCACACGUGGACUUGGUGGAAACCAAGAUCGUUCACCAUCGCCUUCGAGCCCUGAGGAUCAUUGCGUCGGGAGAGCAGGCCGAGUAUUCGACGUACCUGGAGGCAAUCGCUGCGACUCUUGUCUUGCGGAAGGUGCCGGACACAAAGAGUGUCAACACGGCAGGAAGUGCAAAUGAUUUCUUGUUGACAGCAACGGGCCCAUGCAAUGACUAUGAGUCCUUGAUGACAGUCAGCGCACUGAAACAAAGCUUCCUUAGUAUUACCACCCUGCAAGAUGAGAAGGACUUGAAGACUCGUGUGGAUGCAAUGAACAAGUGCAACUCUCAAUGGGAGGAACUCCUUGGGUCGUGCAAGAGUGCUUUCACCGAGCUCAAGAAAGUCAGCAACCAAAAGAGCACCAGCGCAUCAGCCAAAGGCAAGUCCAAAGCAAAGGCAAAAGCCAAGAACAAAGCGAAGACGUCAGCUGAAGCCUAUGGCAUGUUCGACACCGACGCGGAGUUCAAGAUGUGUCCAUCCUCAGAAGCAGAUGAUGAAACUUCCCAGGCGGAUAAGCUGUUGCUGGGGACGCCCUUCAAAGGCGUGCUUGACAAAGCGUCCGACUUCAUAUCCGACGCUGCUUGCAAAGCCUUGGACAAGUUCGCCAAGGAAUUCGCAAGCAGUGACAUUCGUGUCAUGACAGGCAAGGCGCAGCAGGAAACAGGCCUGGUAGAUCGGAUCGGCUUAGAGGGGUAG